UCAAAUCCAAAGAGAAAAAAUACUGAAUUUUGUUUUUCACGCCUUCUGUCCUCAAAUGGAACCCCUAUGACUUGUAAAGUACCAGCUGCCUUUUAUUGACAAAACAAAAGAGAAUGUUAUAUAUACUAUAUUCUUUGGCACCAUCAUAUUUCUCAAUCAUUGCAUCUACAAAAAUUCUGUUUUUACACUUAAUUGAAGGAGAAAAGACCAAUCGGAUAUGGAGAGAAAGUUAAUUGAUGGGAAAUUAGAGAAUACUGAUUCCACUUCUGAGCUGAUUAAGCAAUCUGCUGAUGAAAUUUCUCAUUUGGCUAUCGAUAUUGGAGGCUCCCUCAUCAAGAUUGUAUACUUUUCAACCAACAGUAAGUGCAGCACAAAUGAUGAGGCACCAACAUUACCAAAAGAAAGACAGGAAGUUCCCAAUGGAGACCUUAACCAUCACAUUCUUAGUGGCAGACUUCAUUUCGUGAAGUUCGAGACUAGCAAGAUUGAGGACUGCAUAAACUUUUUGUCUUCCAAGAAACUUCAACAGUGCGGUGCUCAAUGUCAUCAUUCUCACACUGUUGACAAGAUCAAGAUUAAGGCAACAGGUGGUGGAGCUUUCAAGUUUGCCGAUCUAUUCAAAGAAAAACUUGGCAUAACUCUGGACAAGGUAGAGGAAAUGGAGUCUCUUGUUGCUGGAGCAAACUUUUUGCUUAAGGCUGUCAACCAUGAAGCUUAUACGUAUAUUGGAGGUCGAAAGGAAUACAUGCAGAUUGAUCAGAAUGACUUAUAUCCUUACCUCCUUGUCAACAUUGGAUCUGGGGUUAGCAUGAUAAAGGUAGAUGGAGAUGAAAAAUUUCAGAGAGUUAGCGGAACUAGCGUUGGUGGCGGCACUUUCUGGGGCCUAGGAAAACUUUUGACUAAAUGCAAAAGUUUUGAUGAGUUGCUGGAAUUGAGCCAUGAGGGAAACAACAGAGUGAUAGACAUGCUUGUUGGAGAUAUUUAUGGGGGAAUGGACUAUGCAAAGAUCGGCCUUGCAUCAACAGCCAUUGCCUCUAGCUUCGGUAAGCCGGUCUCAGAAAACAGAGAGCUCGAAGACUACAAACCAGAAGACAUCGCCCGGUCCCUUUUAAGAAUGAUCUCAAAUAACAUCGGACAGAUUGCAUACUUGAAUGCUCUUCGUUUUGGGCUCAAGCGCAUUAUUUUGGGAGGUUUCUUCAUCCGUGACCAUGCUUAUACAAUGGACACAAUUUCCGUUGCAGUUGAUUUCUGGUCGAAGGGUGAGGCAAAAGCAAUGUUCUUGCGGCAUGAGGGGUUUCUUGGAGCUCUAGGAGCUUUCAUGAAUUAUAAAGAUGGAAAUGCUGAUUUGAUGCCCCUUCAGUUAGUUGAGCAAACUCCUAAGAGUUCAAGUUGCAUAGUAGAUAGGAUUCAUAACUCUACGCGCGUGCACGAAAAUGAAAGUGGUGCCAUAGAUUGUAGAUUGCGAGUUAGUAGCUCAUUUAAAAUUUAUGAUGAGGUCAAAAGGUGUUGACCUAAAACAUCUAAUGUACCAAAAGAAAAGAAAAUUGCUGUUGUUUCUUGUCCUGAUCUAGGUAACAAAUUUCAGGUUUAUAUAUGUGCAUAUAUGUAUUUGUGCUUCAAUAGGGAAUGAAAUUUGAUAUCCCUCCGUUUUCUAACCUUGAGUCGUGGAAAAGUGAGAAUUGUUAUUUUUUUGUUUGUUUUUAAAUGAGAAAUGUUAUUUAGAGUA